AUGUCGAUUGACAUCAACUGGGACACCAUCACGGGCGGUGCAGAAGGCUCCGCGCGUGCAGAGAAGAUACGCGCCUUCAUCCACGACCGGUUCCAGCAGGUGACGCUGCCACGAUUCAUUCGCUCAGUUCACGUGCAUUCCUUCGACUUCGGCAGCGUACCCCCGGAGAUUGAGAUUAAAGACAUAUGCGACCCACUACCGGACUUUUACGAAGAUGAUGAAGACUAUCCAGACGAACAAGGGGACGACCUGGGGGAAGACGACACCGAGCAUGACGCCAAGUCACGCGAUUCUAGCAACCCACCUAGUCAUUCACCAAGGAAUAGCCAUUCCAGGGAACGAGGUCGAGAAGCAGACUUGGAGGAAAACACUCCCAAUCAGAAUAGAUUACGCCCCUUUCAACCUCUUGCUAGACCAUCCACCAAGCGCUCGUCAUUAGCUCCCCACGAGCUAGGCAGCCCAUUCUUUCAUGGAGCUCUCACUCCAGGUAUCCCUGGUGGCACCUCCAACAUGAACUACUUCCAUCUGCCUCUAAGUGCAGGCCUCUCUGGUGCUACGACGCCUCUGGCUGCCGUAGCUGGCGCCCAGUUGCAUAAUUGGCUCGACGACCGUCACGGCCGGCCGAGUACGCCAACAAAUAUGCGUCUGCGGAACGCCGCGUCCAUGAACUCGCUAACCCUCACGCCACAAUCCCAUCCAGAUCCCAGCUCAAGACCCUCUUCCAGACACCAACAGGACGAUGGGAAGAAACAGUCCUUUGCCGGAUCAGAUGACAGUCACUCUCAGCACAGCUUUGGGCGGACACCAUCCGCAUCUCCUCACCGUAUGCGUGAGAAGAGCCCUGAUGAUAUACAGGUUGUGACCCAUGUGCAGUACUCUGGCGACAUCAAGAUGUCUCUGACUGCGGAGAUCCUUUUGGACUACCCCAUGCCAAGCUUCGUCGGCAUUCCUCUCAAAUUGAACAUCACCGGACUCACCUUCGAUGGUGUUGCGAUCUUGGCAUAUAUCAAGAAGAGAGCACACUUUUGCUUCCUGUCACCGGAAGAUGCAGAUGCUCUGGUCGGCGGAGAGAAUGGUUUCAACGGUCUUCAGACAGACGCACAAGGUCAAAACCCACGUCCUGUGCAACGACCUAAGAUCGGAGGGCUGUUGGAGCACAUCAAAGUCGAAAGCGAAAUAGGCGGCCAAGGCAGUGGUAAACAGGUCCUCAAGAACGUUGGGAAGGUGGAGUCAUUCGUACUGGAGCAAGUCAGGCGCAUCUUUGAAGACGAGUUUGUCUACCCAAGCUUCUGGACAUUCCUGGUCUAG